AUGAAGCUGCUGACCUGGGCGCUCGCUGCUCUGGGAGUCGUCCAGCUGAGGGCUGCAGGACAUCAGCAUCUGGCAGUUGUUCGCGUGUUCUCAACUGACGAGGAGGUCCAGUUGCUAGAGGAAAGUGGCCCAGCUUGGGGACAGACGAGUCCAUGCGCUGUCAAAUCGAACAUGAGCGACAUCGAUCUCAUUUUGGUUUACAGCAAGGACUUGGACUCGAACCCCGCGGCCCUCCAGGUCGUUAUGGAUCUGGAGAACGGCUUUCAAAAGUACAUGAACAUGCAGAACUACAACUCCUCGAACGUGACCAGUGGUACAUCAUACGACUGGAUGAAGUGCUUCUCGGGUAUCCACCACAUGUCAGCCAUGUUGAACCCAGAGCAAGACGUCUAUGACAACCGAGGUUACACUACCAACAAGCAUUGGGUCUCCGGUCCCAACGCCGUCUUUUCCAAGAUCAUGACCGAGAUGUUCAGUGCCGAGCCUGCUGACAUGUACGACACCUUCUUCCUGAUGGAGAUGGAUGCCGUUCCCAUCAAGAGCCAUUGGCUCGACCAGUUCGAGACCGAGGCCCAUGAGAUGGCGGACAACAACAUGGCCGUCCGCGGGAGCCAGUACCUGGGUGACAA